AAAUGGGGACUCACAGCGCCGUGAAGGGAAAGUUAAUAGCUGUUAUUGGUGAUGAGGAUACAUGUACAGGGUUCCUCCUUGGUGGUGUUGGUGAGCUGAACAAGAAAAGAGAGCCAAAUUUCCUUGUUGUGGAUAAAAACACGAGCAGACAUGAUAUUGAAGAAUCCUUCCGAGGUUUUCUGAAGAGGGAUGAUAUAGCUAUUAUACUGAUAAACCAGUCGAUAGCUGAGGAAAUCCGUUAUGUAAUCGAUACACACAAUGAACCCAUGCCAGCUGUCCUAGAAAUUCCCAGUAAAGAUGCACCCUACGAUGCCAGUAAAGAUUCUAUUCUCAGACGAGCAAAGGGUAUGUUUUCUGCUGAAGAUCUGCGAUGAAGUUCUACAACAUCUAGACUCUGAUGAUCAUCUAGGAUACUGAACAAAUUAUCUUCACAGAUUCCAUGUAACAUUUGAUGAUGUAUAAAUUGGAAUAAUCAUGUACUUAACUAUUCUGAUUCUUGUAAAAGGUUAAUAUUGCUUUGAAUGUCAACAGAACAAAACAAAAACCUGAAGAUAUGUUUCUUCUUCUUUUCCAAAACUAUGAUUAUUUAUAAAAAACAGGUUUGAAAGGUUGGUUCAAUAUUUGUAUGUAUGAUUCCAUUUAUCAGUAAUCUCAUGUAUGAUGUUGUACAUUUUUAUGAUUUUUAGGGUAUGAUAUACGAGGUGUAAUAAAUGUUUACUUAGUCAACUAUAUACCAUACAAUGAAAUCCUAUGUUGUUAAUGUAGAGAAGGGAUAAUUUGAUCAAUUACGAUUAUAAGUAAUUCAGCUACCCACCCAAGCACGACAUUAUGUGUGGAUAUACCACUUACAUUCCUGUGUACUUGUUCAAAUUUCUUUGAUGUAAAAAAUCAUCCAGAGCUUUCAGAAGCAGAGAUACACAGUAAAAAUUUAAAGAUUGAAAUGAAAUGGUAGUCAUUUAUCAAUGUAAUCAAGAAUUUAAAAAAAAAAACCAUUUUACUGUGUUCAAUUGAUGAGACACUUGUAUGGUUCUUAAAAUGUAGGCUAGUGAAAAAUUAAAAGCUUCGGUCAUAAUUUGAGUGAGAGUUUCCAAAACACCAGAGAAUACUCUUUGUAACAUGUAUUACAAUAUUUUCUUGUUUCUCUAAACUUGGUAAACUAUGUUUGUAUGAUUCGAUCUCCCAUUUAAUGAUGUUGUCCUUUCAUGAUUGAUUAUUGGUAAACUAAAGAAAUGUAGGUCAGUGAUACACUGCUAGUGCAAGGUAUCAGAAAUGGACUCAUUUGUUGUCUCCAUUUAUCGUCAGCAAUCUAGUCACAUACCUUCACUGUAGUGUUAACAAUUAUCCAUUCUUUGUGCCACCCUUUGUUGUGAACAAUGAAACAAAAUCAUUAUUUAGGGUUAUCAAACAGUAUAUCAGUGGAAUAUGAUUUAUCAUAAUUAGCCAAAUACAAAAUGAUGGCAUUUUGUCCAUAUAGAAAAAUAAUUCAUUUUUCACAUUCAGAAAAUUUGUGCUGAAGACAAUUGGUGCAUUUAUAAAGGAAUUGUCUUUUAUUACUCAUUGUUGCUAGAAUUUGAUGUAUUGUGUUGAUGAAAUUGAUGUAGCGGGUGUCCGGGAGAAUGAUUUAUUUGUACACAUUGUGAUCAGUAGAAUUGUAUUAGAAAUAAAUAUUAGUCAAGGCA